AUGAUUUCAAGUACAAUGUAUUCAUCAAGUGAUUAUCCAUUAAUUGAUGGUUUUACAAAUGCAAAUAGUCAACCAGAUGAUGAACAAAUUAAAAUUAAUAAUGUUCUUAAUCAUACAAUAACAAAAAUGAUUGAUUUAGCAUCAUUACGUGAAUUUUCAUUUAUAAAUACAAUUCAUGAAAGUUGUCUCACACAAGUCGAUGAAAAUAUUGAUAGAUCUUAUACAAAUAAUGGUAAUCCAUUACAUACAAAUAAAAUUUUUAAAAAUGUACUUAAUGAAUUAAGUAAUCAAGAUCUAUCAAAUAUGCAUUCAAAUUUAGGAAAUUAUCAAUUACAACAAUCAGCGAAGAUUUUUUCAAUUCGAGAAAAUAAACCAUUAAAUGAAAAAUCAUCAUCUUAUGUUUUAGUUUUUUAG